CAGAACCAUGUCGAUUAUUACUGUUGGAUACGCUGUUUUUUGUUUGUUUGUUUGGCAUGAAAGAAAAUGUUGGGAAAAUUCAGUUGCCACGAACAACCUUUGCAGCCGGUGGCCGUGCAUGUCAGGCGACGUCGCCAUCAUCGGCCAAACAUAUGUUUUGAGGAUAGCAAUGAUCAAGAAGAAGCCGGAGCUGUACAGUGUGUGCCGAACAGGGAAGAUGAUGGCCACUAAACAGAUAUGCGGUGCCAGAAGCAUGUUGGGCAUGCAUGAUAUAUACAUGCAUGUAUAUCAUAUGCAUACAUGUGCUGAUGCAGGAUCCAUUAGACCAUGAUCCAUAGUUUUUUUUUCUUUAUUUCUUCUCAAGUUUGGUGGUAUGAAGUUGGAUGGAGUAUGUUCAGCUAGCCAGCAACCGAUUAGGUAUGUGUUACUCAUCGAGCUGGUAUAUGUCAAUUCCUCCACCAUGUUUUCGAUCAUAUGCACUACUUAGGGAAAUUUUGAGAUGGGAAUGUAUAAAUAUAUACUCUCGAGAAUAAGUUUGGGGAAACUCCAAAAUAAGAGUAAAAAUGUUUCAGAAUUCCAAAAUAAGAAUGUUAUGUUUUUUCUUCA